GUUUUUCUUUCCAGUUGUGCAACCUGAACACUUUUACAUUAUGUGCUUCAACAUGCAAAAUCAGCACGUCGAGAUACUCGAUAGCUCAUCACUGCAAAUUGAUUUUGAGCACAAAUAUUCUGAGACGCCAUUAGUAUUGAGAGACAUGUUUGUGCAAUUUCUUAGUGAGAGAGGACUGGACAAUAACGGCAAGGUCUUUCGUGAACCAUCAAUAAACUGUCUACAAAUGGCUUGGAGGGAACUGAAAAAUGAGCACAACAACGGGCUAUGGAGCAUGAGACACAUGGAAACAUACAAUGGUCAAGGAACAAAAGCGUUGGACUGUGGUAUUAAAAAGGAAGAUGCAAAGCUGUUGAAUGCUUUAAGAAAGAAGUACUGUGCAACACUGGC